GUAAUAGUAUGUACUUGCAUACACCAAAUUAUGCAAAUUAACCGACUAAGCUUCAGCCAAUCAAAGCGCAGUAACAGCAGAGACAGCCUGGGAAUUCCGUCACAGAUCACAUUUCCAGUGCGCAGAAUGAUGGCUUUUGAAGCGCCCGAACGCACCUUUUCACAAGGUCAACCAAUCGGAGAUUUAAUAAAGUUCAGCAGUUCUGAAACCCAAAAUUCCGACAGCCCAGGGUCUCCUGAAUCAGAGGUUUAGACUGGCAUACAUCCUCACCUGAGGAGACUGCCAUUCAGGUGACCUGGUUUCACGCGUCACUCAGUGGGACGGUCUCACUUCCCUCUGGGAAACCAUUAACCUGGCUCAGAGUCCGAUCCCUCCAACCCUACCUGCACAUUGGCGCCGGACUUUUUAGGUCGCUUUCAGUCCAAUAUAAUGGUUUACGCUUUCGAUGCGUAAAUCACCACACAGGACCGUAGCGGCAGAACAUAGCAGAUGCACCUGACUGGCGCUGAGAAAGUCAGGGUGGGUUGUCUGCAUGCAAUGGCUGUUCACUAUUUCCUGGUCUGUCCCAUUCUACUACUCCUGACUCUCGUCGCGGUAGAGGCCCUUCAAUAUGGACGCAGGGGCUCCGAAACCACGCUUGUCCCCCAAAUCCGGGGGCCCCCCGACGCGAUCCUGUGGAAAAAAGAGUCUCGUAAAGUAGUGGAGUUCGACGGCAGUGAGGAGAGUGUCCAAGAGACGUUCCGGGACCGGGUGGUCCUGGACUGGCACGCGGCCUCCCUCAUCAUCAAGGACCUCCGGUUGGCUGACAGUGGCGCCUACGAGCUGGAGGCCACCAUCAACAACAAGAAGUACUACUCCCAGCAUGAGGUGGUGGUUAUUGAGAAGGUGGCAACGCCCACCAUCUCCUGCCUCAUCAACGGCACGGUCAGCGGCGUCGGCGGCGAGUCGGACCCCCCGCGGACCCGCGCCGUCCUCACGUGCAGCGCCGAGGGGCCUCCCUCCCUCAUCGUCCUCGCCUGGACCCCGGUGGACGGAGUGGCGACAAAGGGGGCGGGGCUAACGGUCGCCCUGGCCGGAGACCAGGACGACACGGUGUACACCUGCCUGGCCAGCAACCCCGUCAGCCAGGAGAUGGGCACGUUCGUGGCCAAAGAUUGUUACCCAGGCAGUUUCCCAACCGGAGGGAUCGUGGCCAUCGUGGUGCUCUGUCUGCUCGUGGUUAUAUCAGCGGGCUGCGUCCUGGGCUACUGGAGAUGGAGCAAAGCAAACCCUAAGUCCGAUGGUAUUGAAGACGUCGAGUCACGACCGAUGAAACGAUCAAAUGGGUCGGACAUCUCCAAGGCCUACGGUAACAGAGCCACGCUACCUAGCACCCAGCCUCUGCUGCACCCCCCCAUGGGAGAGGACAACACCACCCACUCCGGGGGCGGUGGGGACUCCACCCGGGUCAGUGUCCACUCCUCAGAGUCCAGGCUGCCAGAUCCGCAGCAGCCAAGCGACCUGGAGUCGAAGCUCGGUGCGGGCGACCCUCCAGUGAGCGUCCUGGUGGAGCCCGCUCAGGGGUCUGAAUCUGAUUUAACUGCUCCUCAGCCAAUGACCCCGCGAGACGACCAUCUUGGCUCUGAUGUAGGUGGCCAUCUUGGCUCUGAGGAAGGCAGACAGGCAGCCGACGCAGACCUCUACAGAUCAGAUCCAGAGGCGCGAGAGCCCGCCGCGGUCGUACUGAGAGAGGAGGAAGUGUACGUCACUCCUCGGAGCAGCAGUGGUUCCUUGCAUGGGGAUAAGGAAGAGGAGGAAGAGAAGUCUAAGGAAGAGAAGGUUGAGCCAACGUUCCACACUCCUCGGGGCAGCCGUGAUUCCUUGCAUCAGGAGGAGAAGGAGGAGGAGGAGGAGAAGGCUGAGGCAGUGGGGCCUGCUCCUUUCAGCCUCCUUGGUUCCUCCAAGGCGGAGCGAGGGGAGGAGGCGGAGGAGAAGAAGGAGGAGGAGGAGGAGAAGAAAAAGGAGGCGGAGGAGGAGGAGGAGGAGGAGGCUGAGGCAGUGGGGCCUGCUCCUUUCAGCCUCCUUGGUUCCUCCAAGGCGGAGCGAGGGGAGGAGGAGGAGGAGAAGAAAAAAAAGGAGGAGGCAGAGGAGGAGGAGGAGGAGCAGGAGGAGGAGGAGGAGGAGGAGGAGAAAAAGGAGGAGGCAGAGGAGAAGGAGGAGGAGGAGGAGGAGGAGGAGCAGGGGGAGCAGGAGGAGGAGGAGGAGGAGGAGAAGAAGAAGAAGGACACGGGGGUCAGUCCUGCGGAUGAACACGGUGGCGAGCGUCUUGUGGCUGCUGGUGAACCACCGGUGAACGUUGUGACCCAGCCGUCAGAGGAGAAGGCAGCGGUAGCUGGCGCUCCACAUGGGGCCGAGGUUCUGCAGGAGAAAGGGGAGGCGGGGAAGGAAGAGGAAGACGACGGGGAGGAGGAAGGACAGGGGGUGAGCUCGCCACAGAAGGCCCCCCCCCCUGAUGGCCACAGCGACUCGGAGGCCGGGGCGGGAGAGAGGGGUACGGACGGGAGGGAGGAAUACGCAGAAGAGACGUCUACCGAGCCGGACCGAGAAGUGAGGGGGAGGGGGGAGGAAGAAGAGGACAACGAUGUCAAGGAAACGGCACGGGACGACCCACAGGGGACCAAGGAGGAUGAAGGUAAGGACAAAGGGCUGGCGAGCUCUCCAGCGUCCAAACCGGAGUCCAACCAGGAUUCUGAAGCAGUGGUGGGGGAGGGGAAUACAGAUAGGAGCACGGAAGAGGAGACGAAACACCACCAAGACAACGCAGGGGACGGGGCGGAACGGGUGACGCCUACUGUCGAGCCCGCCGUGGAGACACCAGAGAGGAAGGGAGAAGACCAAACAUCACACGACGACUCGGACGGGCAAGAGGAAGAGGAAAGUAAAGACAGAGGGUCAGAUGAGACGAUACACCAACAAGACAACGCAGGAGACGGGGCGGGACAGAUGCCGCCUCCUGCCGAGCCAGCAGUGAAGACACCUGAGGGGGAGAGAGAAGACGUCCCACAAGCAUCCCGGGACGACGCGGAGCGGCCAAAGGAAGAGGAGGUAGAGGAAGAGGAUGGUAAAGACAAAGGGGAGGCCAGCCUCCAAGCGUCCACACCUGAGACUGACGUGUAUUCUGAGGCCGUGGUGGGGGAGGCCAUUGCAGAUACAAGCAUGGUGGACAAGAAGUUGGACGUGGAGUCGCCUGAGGGGAAGGAAAAGGAGGACAAUGUCCAGCCAACAGUUCACGACGACGCCCACGUGGAAGAGGCAGAAGGGGUUAAAGAGGGAGGCAAGACCAGCUUGACCGAGAUGGAGUCGGGUCCUGAGAAGGGACCGGACCCUGGCAGGCAGCCCGGAGGCAGCGGCGCCGAGCGGGGAGGGACGCAAGGCUCAGGGGGACAACACGAGGGACGCAGAGAGGAAACGAGAGACGGGCCACUCCCUGCCAAUCACGUAGAGGAGGGGGACGCGAGGGACGGAGAUAAGGAUGCGGAGAACGAGGACGGCGCUGAGUAGGACGGAGGGCUGGGCCGGGGACGGUCGCUGGGGAACACCGGCCGGACCUUCUGAGGACCUCAGCCUCCCGGCACACCCUGCUGGAGAUACCUGGACUAUGUGCUUGAAUCGUGAGCAACCCCUGCCCCGCCCCUCGGUUAAGACUGUCCUGAAGCCGUUCUGGUUAGCAAAGAGGCCUCACUGUCCACACAAUGGUUGGAAACAAUUAUUUUUCGAACUUGAACAUGUAAAAGCAGGGUCGAAGGCUUUGAAGUGUACGAGGAUGCGCAACGAACAGUGUAACCUCUGUUGCUGUGGUAGGAGAGGAUGCGACUCCGAGAUGGUCAGGGUGGGUAGGGCAGAACUAAAUCCAGUCUAAGUGAAGUGAGAUGGGUUUAAGUCACCUUCCAGAGCAAACUUGUGAAAUUCUUCUUAAUCUUGUUCUCAAACAUGUUACUGGGUUCUAUUGUGUCUGCUCCUUCAGUGUGUCAAACGUCAAAUAUUGCUUUAUGAAACUGAUAAGCAGGCCAGUGACACGCCUAGUCUGAUAGAAGAUAACACAACAAUACAGUAUUUUAUGUGUGCUGUUAGUUUUUUAGUUAAUGAAUAACUUUAGAAUCCUUUUGGACUUUUUUUACCACACCAACUUUACCUUCAAGAUGAAUUUAGCAUUUAAUUCACAUUAAUUGUAAUGAUCAGUUCUUGUCAUCAGGGGAUGGUGUUUCCUCGUUUUUCUCGAACCAUUUUCAGCAAUUAUUUCAAUGUGAUUUUUUUUUUUAUGUAAGAUGACAUCAUUGACCUGAUUUUGUUUUUAUGAUUAACAAUAUCAUUUUGCUUCUGCUCUUUGAGAUUAUGUGUACAUUUCAACAAGUUUGAUUCAAAUCAAAAACAUAAAUUUCUACAUGAACACUAAAUAUAUGCAGUUAAAUAAUGAAUAUUCAGCACCCAGACAGCAAGAGCAUGAGAAACAGUUAAUGAGAACAAUAUUGACCGAUAGCUGAAGGUUAUAACAAAUGCACUCGUAACUAAGUUAUAUUAUUUAAAAAAAACAAAAUCUAUAGGGCGUCAAAUCAAUGUUUGAUUAAGUGUCCUAUAUUGAAGAAUGGGGAUUUUAUUAUUCAUGUUAUUACAUUGAUUAACUAUUUUUAAAGUUUGAUAUAUAACUAACAGAUUCUAUUUUUUUUUUGGCUUGCUUUUUUAACCAAUACGCUACGUAUAUUUGUUAAAUUCUGUUUCAUGAUAAAAUGUUUUGGAGCUAACCUAAAAUCA